AUGGUCUCUCAAAUCAUUGAUCGCGAUAACCAAAUAACCCCACUUCCUAUGAGGCCGUCCAUAACCCAAUUUUACUUUCGGCGCCGGAAAAGAAUAGAGGAAACUAAUAUCUUUGAGAAGUCUGUGGGUGAUGAAGGGUUAAUGAAGGAGAAGAGGAGGAGGAGAGUGGGAAGCACCGAAUUAACCAAAUUGGGGAUUAAUUGUAAUGCAUUGAGUAAUUUAGAUCAUCAUCUUUGGUUACAAAUAUUGGAAAAUGAUUUUGGUAAAGUCAGUAAAAAUAGGAAUUGCUGGAGUAAAGUUAAUUAUAGUGACAGUAUUAGGAAGCGUAGAAAUAGUGAUUGUUUUGUAAACGAGUUGAAGAAUUCAGGGCUUUUGACCAAGAAAUGGGUUAGGUUGAGUUUUGAAGGUGCUGAUCCAAAGAUUUUUAUAGGAUUACAAUGCAAGGUAAGAAUUCAUCUCAAGUGCAGGCACAUGAAUGCUUGA